CUCUUGCCCACGCUUUAACUUUGCCAUUCAUUAUUGUCAGUUUGAACUCUGAAUCACUCACUCACUUUGAAUGCUCCCCAUUUCUUCUUCUCCUUCCACAAGUCAUAUUUUUUCAAAUCUCCAUUUUCAUUUCCGAUCUCGACUAACAAUGUUAUUUUCCGGCAAAAUAACCUCCACCGAAGACAGUAUUAGUCUCAUUAACUCCAAAACAACAAUACUAGGGCAAAAACUAUACGUCGUCAUCGCCGUUACAGUAGCAGGUGUCGCAGUGGUUCUCCUACUGAUCUUCCGCUUUCUCCUUCGUAAACAUAAAUCGAAACGGCGUAAUAGAAGAAUGCUAGUCAAUCAGGGCUCAGAAGUGUUGCAUUUGGCGUCGGAAACGGUGAAUGUCGAAGCGAACACGAAAUGCUUAGAUCAAACUGAUGAGAAAGCGACGAAAUCAUUAAUCAGUAUGUUUGAGAUGGAUGAUGAUGAUGAGGGAUACGAGAGUAAACUGAUAAUCAAAGUUGUUGAGGGGAAAUUAGAUGAUGAUACAUCGCCAUCGGGAAGCAACGAGUCGAGUACAGGUACGAGCGGUAGUGGGAGUGGGAGCGAUGUGGCGUCAUCUUCGAUGUCUGCGGAGAGUUUGAAGAACAUUGGUUGGGGGCGAUGGUUCAGCUUGAACGAGCUUGAAAUUGCGACGAAUAGAUUUGCAGCGGAGAAUGUGAUCGGAGAAGGAGGAUACGGUGUUGUGUACAGAGGAGUUUUACAGGAUGGUUCCACGGUGGCGGUGAAGAACCUUCUUGACAACAGGGGACAAGCGGAAAAGGAAUUUAAAGUGGAGGUUGAAGCCAUUGGAAAAGUAAGGCAUAAAAACCUCGUUGGUUUAAUUGGAUUUUGUGCAGAAGGUGCUAAGAGGUUGCUUGUGUAUGAGUAUGUUGACAAUGGAAAUCUGGAGCAAUGGUUGCAUGGAGACACGGGACCCACCAACCCACCUCUAACUUGGGAGAUCCGCAUGAAGAUCGCCAUUGGGACUGCAAAAGGAUUGGCGUAUUUACACGAAGGUUUGGAGCCAAAAGUUGUUCAUCGUGAUGUUAAAUCAAGCAACAUACUCGUGGAUAAAAAUUGGAACGCAAAAGUAGCUGAUUUUGGACUUUCCAAAUUACUCGAAUCUGAUAAAAGCUAUGUGACUACACGAGUAAUGGGGACAUUUGGCUACGUGUCACCUGAUUAUGCAAGCACAGGAAUGCUUAACGAAGGAAGCGACGUGUAUAGCUUUGGAGUUUUACUUAUGGAAAUAGUCACCGGAAAGAGCCCAGUUGAUUAUUCUCGACCACCUGGAGAGAUGAACCUGGUUGAGUGGUUUAAAGGAAUGGUGGGGAGUCGUCAAGGGGAGGAGUUGCUAGAUCCAAAGAUCAAUGUAAAGCCUUCUCCAAGAGCUUUAAAACGAGCAUUGUUGGUGUGCCUUAGAUGUAUAGAUAUGGAUGCAAGUAAGCGUCCAAAAAUGGGACAAAUUGUACACAUGCUUGACUCUAAUGAAUUUCCUUUCCGUGGAGAACAUCGGCUGGCUAUACCUCGUCCAGAUGCAUCUUCUACUUGUGAAUUUCCUUUACGAACUGAUGAUGAUGAACAAAGAUCGUAUUUGAGAUGAUUCUUUGUAUAGUUGAAAAAACUAUGGACACAGGAGAUUAGGUAUACUAAGCCACUCGAUUCCAUAUUUAUAAAAUUUGGUAUCGUUUUUGUGCAUUUUACAUUAUUAUGGAGAGACAAACAUUUUGUUAUUCUUUCUUGCUAUUAGACACGAAUGCCAAUACUACAAGUAUUAAUAUGUAAAUAUGAUUAGUUGUCUUUUUUUGUACUCUCAAGUAUGAACUUGAUCAUCCUUUAUAUAUACCUAGAAUCUGAAG